CAAAAUUCGGAGUGAUAUUCUUCAUUCCCACAAAAUCAAAAAUGCAAAAGAAUAUAUUAAUCGUAUUUGUCUUCUACAUAUUGCAACACCUAUAUCAUCAGAUGAUGAACCUAUUGAAGAACCAACUAUUACUGAUUUGGAUUAUCAAGUGAGCGAUAAUGAAGAUGGAAAUAAUGUUGAGGAAGGAGCUACCAGUUUUAGUAAUGUUGAGAAAGCAGAUAUUGGGUCUAGUAAUAUUGAGAAAGCAGCUACUAGAUUUAGUAAUGUUGAGAAAGCAGCUGCUGAGUUUAGUAAUAUUAAGGAAGCAGCCACCGGGUCUAGCAAUUGGACGAAUCAAAAUUUAGAAGAUGAAGAUUUAGUUACAGAAGAAGAACAACAAUGGGAAAAUACAAUUAACGAAUAG